CCAAAUCGCGACCAACCGCGCACGCCAACGCGACGCUUCACGAACCCGCACCCACAGCGGCCAUCGAGCUGUCUCUCGCCAGCAACGCUGCAGCACCACCCAAGGCGCUUCCCUGGACAUCGCGCCCACCCAUUCGCACCAGGGCCUCUGCCCGUCGUCCUACCCACGUUCUGGGUCGUCCACCCGACUGCUCAAUCGCGCAGCACCAACUGCCCAUCGCCCAGAAAUACUUGCAAGGCGAGCCUCUUGCCCACGACCCACGCCCAGCCAGCACUGAACCCAUCCCCGCGCCUCGCAACGCUGAAGGGACUGCCAGCACGCCUGCCUCGACCUUCACGAUGGCCUCGCCGGCAGUGGUGGUGCCUAACGGCAUCGCGGCGACCGCUGUGCACGCUACAGAAGGCACUGUGCAGCCAUCUACUGGAAGCGACAAUGCGCCGCCAGCAUCGCCGACGGGCUCCCUUUCGGCAAAGCGAAAACGCGGCGACGGCCCUCUCGCUCUCGCUGACCAGCCGGCGUCUGCGAAUGGUGUCGCGUCGAAUCCGCCCGCGCCGACCAAGAUCGACAAGUCUCGUCUUCAGGAUUGUUUCACCGUGUUGCAGAGACACGACACGACGCCUUCCCUUCUCAGCCGGUCAAUCUCAGGCAUCAUCCCGUCAAUCGAGCCACAAGCGAAGCGCCAAAAAUCAGAAGACAGCGAGCCGACACUGUCCAUUGCGGACAAGGUAGCCAAAGGCGCAUAUGAGGAUGUCGAGACUAUUGUUGCCGAUGUUAGGGCAUCCAUCCAAACUCAGCUGGCCGAGCUCAGCCGCGAAGAGGACGGCUCGGGCGAUGUCGGCGCCAAGAACGAGAAGGCUAUUGCCGAGACGAUCAAUUUCGCACAGCGGGUGUAUGAUCUCUUCAAGCGCGAGCUGAACUAUCCGACUCCCAGACCCACACCAGAGGUCCUUCAGAGCCUCGCCGACUUCAGUACACUACAAUCGAAUGCCAGCGGCAAUGUUAUGCUCACAGUCUAUGGCGAGGCCCCUCGGUAUCGACCGUUGUACUCGAGCCUGCAGCAAGGGGCCCAGCCGCUCCGCGAAAAGGGAUUGCCCUUGGGCGUCAAGACCACGAAGGCAUUGCCCUACACUUUCCCAAUGCCAGCGGACAAGGCCCGAAAACCAAAGACCCUGGGCGAGCUGUUCCCCCCUCCUCGUAAUCUGCAGUCGCUACAACCGCCCAAGGCCCCCAAAAGCUCCACGAGAGGCGUCCACGUUGGCUGGCACCGCCCCGAGCUGACUGAGAAGUCAAAGUACCGUGUAGGGUCUUAUUUCAGCCAGAGCAUUUCCACUGGCCGCUGGCUUGACUACAGCAAUGCCGCCCCGCCACAGCAAAUCAUGACCAAGCAGCGCGAGAGAGCCAUGAGCUUGGCUGGAAACAAGCCGUCGAUCACGGAGUUGGAGGCAUCGGAAAUGGAGUCAUUAUUUCGUGGCGCCUUCUCCAGCUUUGCUCCUUCCAAGGAUGACUCAGCGGCCAUGGUCUCGUCCGGACUGGUCAGCCAGACAAUUUGGUGGCAGAAGCAUGGCAAGCGCAGUUUCGAUCGUCUCGUGGAAGGUGACGGAACAGAUGAAGAUGAGACCCCGAAAGAGGCGAAUGCCAUCCCGCCAGCCGAUAUUGAUGAAAAACUGAUUGAGAACGCCAUCGAGAACUGGGACGACAGUCUCGUGGAUCCUAGUCUUGAGCAAGCGUGCCUCCAAGGCGCCAAGACACAAGAAGAGAAGGACACGGACGAUAUUCUACAACAGGUGUCUGAUAUGAUCCAGACGCUGGUUUCAUAUCAGAAGAACCGCAACUUGACACUACCUUCCGCAGCCGUUCAGAGCCGCUACGCUGCAGAUCCGGCCCAUAGCGAUAUGCUUACCAACGGCAGCCCCGUCCAGCCUGAUGAGGAGGAAACUGCGACAUACGACGCUCUCAAAGCUCAGCUCAGCUUGAUCGUGCAGAGCCUCCCCCCUUACGCAGUUGCUCGUCUCAACUCGGACAAAUUAGACGAGCUCAACAUAUCCAUGAGGAUGGAGGUCAAAACAGACGAGUACCGGGGAUCCAUGGAUGAGGACGAGGCGGCUGCGCGGGCCAGAAUGGCGUCCCAAGCUGUUGCACAGCCAGCAAGACCUUCGUCGCACAGGGCUUCUGGUUCAUAUGGGCAACCAUACCAGAACAACAGGGCUCCUGUCGCCAACGCCCAGUACUACGGCGGCGCCCAGACACCCGUGCGGCCAGGUCCUAUGCAGCGGCCGCCACAGAGCAUGCCGCCAGCGUAUAACCAAAGGCCGCCCGGAUACCGCCAGCCAAACCAGUACACCAAAGCAGCUUACAACGCCCAAGCUGCGCAAGGUCAACCUGCAUACGGACAAGCAGGAGCUUAUGGCACUCCGCCACAGAAUCGCCAGCAGUUCCCGCAGCACGCCGGAUACUCAAACGUGGGUACGCCUAACACGCAGCCGCGGUUCUCUGCCUACCAGCCGAGUGCACAGACGCCAAAUAUGGCACAACACAGCUACCAGCCGCAGCACCAGCAAGGCACGCCCACGCACCCACAGUACAACCAGUACCCGAACGGCGCACCGCCCCCGAGGGCAGUCUCGUCACCUCAUGUCCCGCCACAGCAACCGCAUAUGCAGCCGCAGCAUGGAUUCAGGCCGACCGGCACACCGCAGCAAAGGCAGCCUUCGGUUAGUGCCCAGCAGCCCAAUUUGGCUAACCCCCAGGCCAGAGGCUAUCCCCAACAAGGGCCGAUGAUGCCUCACCAGCAACACCAAGUGGCCGGGAAAGCCGGGUCGCCAGCACAGUUCCACAACGCGAACCAGGUCGAGCAGGCGAUGCAUCAAGGGCGCGUGGGCCCUCCCACGCGCGCAUCGAUCUCCGCGGGUCACGCCGCGGUUCCAGACAUGGGUGCAGGCACACUCGGCGUCGCGAGCCCCGGUCCGACACCGCACCCACAGCUAGGCCCAGCUUCUUCGGCAUCUCCCAUCGUCAAUGGUGGUGCGGCUGCUCCGCCGACGAAUGGCGCGCUGCCCGUGGCCAGCAGGGGAGUAUAGGAUGCUUGGCUCUAGCCGUGGGACGCAGGUCCUUAUCAGUCAUAAAGGGAAGGGAAAGAAAAGGGGCGGGAUGUAUCUGUUCUGCUGCAAGUGUGUUCAGUUUGCAUGGAGGAUGGCGUGCACGGGUCAAUGGUGCGCAUUUCUGCGAGCCCUGUUCCAAACGGUGCAGGGCUGCAUUCCGGAGUAUUGGGAGCCAUUAGGGGGUCGUUGAACUGUCUUUUUAAUUCCCUCGUCGUCUUAUCUAAACGGAGGAAGGUUUUGGGCAAAAAAGCCCUGCUGUUUUGUUUGUUGAGCACAGGGGACGGUGUGCGCAAGUGUACCAAGUACUACGGAUAACCGCUCACAGAGCGUGGUCAGAAUCAUCACUAAUUUCAAGUCUUUGCACACACCGAAUGGAGAUUUCGGCCUGGGUGGGGUAGAGAAACAACAAGUCAUCAUGUUCGGGAGACAUGGAGCAGAAUAAAAGAAUCUGAAUUCAAUGGAAUAUUGCU